AUGGACGCUACCGUAUUUGCGUUACGUGGAUCUUUCCAACAAUACUUUCAUCAGUUUCGAAAGAUCAACAAAACACGGACUAUCCUCUGUCUUGAGUACUUGUUUGGCUCCAAAAACAAUUUCACAGGAAAUAUUCCUUCUUUCAUAUGCGAGCUGCGCUCUAUAAACAUUCUCGAUUUGUCAAACAACAACUUCAGUGGUUCAAUCCCUCUUUGCAUGGGAAAUCUCAGGAGUAACCUUCCGGAGAGUGUAUUUGAAAAUCUAAGAUCACUUGAUGUCGGUCAUAACCAGUUGGCGGGAAAGCUUCCAAGAUCUUUGAUCCAUUUCUCUAAUCUUGAAGUUCUGAAUGUGGAAAGCAACAGAAUCAACGACACGUUUCCCUUCUGGUUGAGUUCUCUACAAAACUGCAAGUUCUUGUCUUACGCUCCAACGCAUUCCAUGGACCCAUACGUCAAGCCUCGUUCCUUACGCUGA